UCAGCGAUUUCUACUGAGGAAAGAACGCAGAGUCAUAAACGAAGCGUAGGCAUUAUUGAAGUCAAAAUCGAAAUCUUCUGCACCGAAAAGUUCAAGAUGGUUUUAGAAACGAUUUCGAGGAUAAUAAAAGUUCAGCUCCCCGCAUACCUGAAGAAGCUUCCUCUUCCGGAGACGAUCGGUGGAUUUGUAAGGUUAACAGUGUCCGAAUGGCUGCGGUUGCUGCCUCUACUGGGCAUCUUGGCUCUGCUGGGCUACAUGACCAUUCGGCCCUUCUUUCCCAAGAAGAAGAAGCAGAGAGACUGUCUGAUCAACCUGAAGAUUCAGAAGGAAAACCCCAAAGUGGUCAACGAGAUAGACAUUGAGGACCUUAACAGUGCAAAUGUGUGCUACUGUCGCUGUUGGCGGUCGAAAACUUUUCCUGUUUGUGACAAGUCACACUUAAAGCACAACGAGCUGACCGGAGACAAUGUGGGACCACUCAUACUCAAGAAGAAGAUCCUAUAGACCACCUACUGGGAGAUCCCCUCUCCCCCAGUAUUUACAUUACAUUCAUGUACACUCUGUAAUUGGUUUUUAUUUGCACGUGCAGGAGAGAAAUGUCGUGUCUUGCAGUUAUCAGCUGAAGUAGUCCUGAUGUAUUGACAAAGGAAUGGUUAACCUUUUCUGUGGUUUCAGCACAUUUGUAAUUGUAAAUUCGAUUAUAGUCUCUCCAAAAGCCUCCAUAAAUCAUUGAGGCUGCUUUGAGUGUAAUAUGGCAUUUAAUCAGUAUAAAACUCCCAGGGCAACAAUUUCCCCUCUAUCAGACGUGAAGUAAAACUCCUAAGUCUGUAAACGUCCGGCAAUUCUGGCAACUCUGUUACAUUAUUGUGAUAACCGGGUCUUUCUUUCCUCCAUUAGUUUGUGUACCAAAAGUAAUCCAUCACACAAUGUGAAUAUAGGCCGAUGUAUGAUUUGAAAUAUUUAAGGCCAUGUUAAAAUAUUGAAGACUCCUUGCAAACUUUGUCAUGCAGCCUGGGAUUUGACUCAAUCAUUUCAAACCAUUGCACAGUUAAGUUUCAUCAGCAUUGCAGUAGACUUGUACAAAGCCUUAUUGACGGGAGUGACCGAAGCAUUGUUGUUUUCAGCCUGUUUCUUUGUAUGCACUGUACCCUAACAGUGACUGUAUAUACAUUACUUCCUUCUGAAGUAAUUACCAAUACUUUUGCAUACAUGUUGAUAUAAUCACAGUUGUCUUUUCAUGUUUCCUGGAGCAUGAUUUGAAUUAAAUUAUUCUUCUGUA